AUGCACGAGGGGGUCCUUCGGGGGUACGCCGGGCAGAGCAACAUUCUGUUGGUGGUACAAUGUCAGACAGAGACAGACAGCAGUAUACAGCCAGCUGUGGUGAUGGUGAUGUUACUGCUGAAGUGUUUGCUGCUGUUCUACUUGUCAUUCAAUGAAUUGACCACAGCAGCAGAAGCUAUUCUCUGCGUGAAGACUGGGGAGAAGUUUACCAUGAAGUGCUCCACCACUCUAAAAGACCAGGAAGGAAUGUACCUGUAUUUUGGGGUGGACAGGGACAGGGAGGUGUUGUAUUACUACCAGCGUAACUCCAAGCUGAGCCCCAGGAAAGGCUACUGGGACAGAGUGAAGACUGAGGGACCUGUGGACCAACUGACCAUCACCAUCAGUAACCUGACCAUAGAGGACACAGGAGUCUACCGGUGUAUUUACACAAAAUUCAAUGAAAACACGAAUGAAAAUGAUAUCAACCAAGGAAGAGGCUCCACUCUGGUUGUGGUGAAUGCUGCCAUGGUCCCUACAGUUACUGCAGUAACGCUGACCCCCUUUCACCACCCAAUGAGAAGCCGUGACCCAUCUGGCGUGGUAAACAUCAUUAGCAUCUUGACCAUCCUGCUGUGUGUCAUCUUCCUCAUCUGGGUCGCUCCACGG